AGAAAAAAGUGUGCAGCGUGCUCGUAUAUAAGAAGUGUGUACAGAGUAAGAGGCAAGCAUGCGCACACUUUGCCUCGUUCUCCUCCUUAUUUCAACUCUUCUGGUAACGGAUACUGUUGCAAUGGAGAUUCAAAGAGAGAGGCGCCAAGUACCCCAACCAGUACCCACAGUACCCCCACCAGAACCGCAACCCCAAGGACCUAUAAUUGGAGGACAAGCUGGCGUGCGCCCAGAUCUAAGACGUCCAACUCCACUCAUCGGAGGCCAAGCUGGCGUAAGACCAGACUUGAGACGUCCACAGUGAGCUCCUACACUGAGACAUGUUGCUGACCACUCAGCAUUGAAGAACACCCAAACUAGUUUGCGAAAUAGAAUCUAAUUUAUGUGAUUUGUAACACCUUUCACUUGUGUGCUUUGUCCCAAAAAAUAUUUCUGGAGUAUUAUAAAUCAAAGCGCAACGACGGAUAAAGUUUUCAGCAAAUAACUAGUUGUGUGAUUGAUGACACCUAUAAACUUUCG